GCCCGCCCGCUCAACACUCCGCCGUAUUUAGCUUUUCCUUUAGCCGCUGCUAUUAUAUACACUUUUAGUGGACUUACGACUGACACAGAAACGCGAGUAUUAACCCAGCAAGGCACCAUUCCUAACCUCUACGCCGCAGGUGAGGUUACCGGCCAUUUCCAUAAC